AUGGCUUACAUUCGGUUACAAGAGUCCUCAGGGGAUUCAUGGACUCCAUCGACAUGCGACUCGAGCGUCGGAAUGCAAAAUGAGCACCAGCCUAAGAGAGAACCUCUAUACAGCAACUUCAAGAAGCACCUAAACCAGCAGGAGAAACACUGGCUGCUCACCCGCGACAUCGAGCUAGUUCGCCCACUGCAGAUCCGCUAUAGCGCAUACGAAGCGGACAUCAUGACGGAAAUCAGGCGGACCGAGGACGAGCAGAUGCGCACCUAUAACCGACGAUGGCGAGAGAUGCGUGGGGUUAGGGGCCCCGCCAAGGUCGCCUGGGAGCUUUACAAACUCAAGGUCAGGCUUUGCUCAGGGUGGAACCACUACCAGCUGCACGGCAGAUGGAAGCAUGCCCAGCUCAAGGCAAAGAGGAAGGAGCUGGCUGGGAGUUAUGUGCGAGCGCAGAUGUCGCGCCGUGUAGUCCUGCUCGCGGAGCUUGUGUCCUUUGCCGAUGCGCAGGCCUUAGACGAUAGAGACGAGGAAUGCCAUGUGAACGAUGUCAUGCUUAGCCAUGUUUUGGCGCGGCCUGACGACCUCUUUCGUAUCUCACGGGAUCUGGACCUGGGGAUCGAGAAUCCUUGGAAGGAUAAGCAAGAGUGGAAGGCGCUGAAUCCAAUUACUCUUUCGGUCGAUGCGCCGGUUCCAUACAUGUAUGGAUGGGGUCUUUAG